AUGGACUCCCAUCGGGCAUCAUUCAGUGACAUGGAAGAUGGGUCGAAUGCGCAUAUAUCAGACCAGUUGGGCUCUCAUAACCAACCGUCCCACGACCCAGUCACCAAUUUUGCUAGCACCCCAUCCAGAUCACUCAGCACUAAGACAACCGUCACUCCUUUACCCGUCAGCCUACUUCCCUCGGCGCCCGCAUCACCUCCGACACCCGCGCCCAGCCCUACCCCCCAUCAACGACCACCAACUUGGCACUCGACCGAUGAUGAACAAACAGGCUUUUUGCUGAAUCUUCGCAUUCACUUCAGUACCCUAUCCAACGCCCGAAAACAGAAACUUCUGGAGGGCCUUCUGGACGCAUGCGACAGCCAGCAGCUGAGCUUUGUCUCGAGUUACGUCGGUCCUCGGUUGAGGAAAGAUCCAUUUCAAGUUUUCCCUAAUGAGCUAUGUUUAAGAGUUCUCUCCUUCAUCGACGACCCCAAGACACUCGCCCGAGCUUCGCAAGCAUCACGGCGUUGGCGAGAAUUACUAAACGAUGAUAUCACUUGGAAAAAUCUAUGCGAGAAACAUGCAUACUCGGUGCGGCGGGUUUUGGAAGAUGAAGGGGAUCUCAUCGACCCUUUCACUGCCCAUCCGGUAGACUCGGCUUCCAGCGCCCGCACCUCCGGUAGGCUACAGCGGCGCUUGACAGGGUCAAAUAGCCACGCCACCGAGAGCGCGCCAGAUCUUGCGCGCACAUUUUCCGGGGAAUGGUUGCCUCCGACAAGCUUCUCCCGAAGACGUCGAACCCGACCUGUCUCAUAUCGUUCACAGUUCAAGCAAAAAUACAUGGUUGAGUCAGCAUGGAAUAAAGGUGGUCGCUGCACUCAGCGCCACAUCACUCCUGACCAGGGUGUGGUGACAAGUCUUCAUCUCACUCCGAAGUACAUAGUCGUUGCGCUGGAUAAUGCGAAGAUCCACGUCUAUGAUACCAACGGCGACAACCAGAAGACGCUUCAAGGUCAUGUGAUGGGAGUGUGGGCGAUGGUCCCGUGGGAUGACAUUUUGGCCCUCCACGACUUGCGCAAACGGAAACUAACGCAUGAUAGGGCGGGAAUUCAUCUCCUUCGGGGCCACACAUCAACAGUCCGUUGUCUAAAGAUGUCGGAUCGGAACACAGCAAUCUCGGGAUCCAGAGACACUACACUUCGUAUAUGGGACUUGGCUACAGGGACAUGUCGCAACGUCCUCGUCGGGCACCAAGCUAGCGUGCGGUGUCUGGCCAUUCACGGUGAUCUAGUCGUGUCGGGCAGUUAUGAUACGACUGCGCGGAUAUGGAGCAUUUCCCAGGGACGCUGUCUUCGCACCCUUUCAGGGCAUUUCAGUCAAAUAUACGCUAUUGCCUUCGACGGCCGGCGGAUCGCGACGGGAAGUUUGGAUACUAGCGUCCGGAUCUGGGACCCGCAUUCUGGGCAGUGCCAUGCAAUUCUACAGGGCCACACGUCUCUGGUCGGUCAGUUGCAAAUGCGGGACGACACGCUAGUCACAGGUGGCUCCGAUGGCUCUGUCCGUGUUUGGUCGUUAACCAAGAUGGCACCUAUUCACCGUCUCGCGGCCCACGAUAACAGUGUCACCAGUCUUCAGUUUGACAAGACCCGCAUUGUCAGUGGUGGCAGCGAUGGCCGCGUCAAGGUUUGGAAUCUAGAGACUGGCCAGUUGUUGCGGGAGCUUUCUACUCCGGCCGAAGCGGUUUGGAGGGUUGCUUUUGAAGAUGAAAAGGCUGUAAUUAUGGCAAGCCGCUCAAGCCGCACGGUUAUGGAGGUCUGGUCUUUCUCUCCACCACCAGAAGACUACGAGGACACAGCGAUUGAGAGUGCUUUAAGCACUCCAGGCCUAAGCUCUGCUGAUGACCGCGAGCUGGCCGUUCCAACUCGACGUCGUACACUUUGCUCCGUCCCCCUACCAUUAAUUCCAUUAGGCACUGAUAGCGAUGCACUUAUGCCAGAUGCACCCUCCUAA